CUGUCAAAUGAACGCAACCAUUAUUACUCUGCAAGUUGUGUUUGGCCGGUUGAGGUUAUUUUCAAUUACAGUUUACAAAGUUUAUUAGUAAAAUAAAAAUUAAAAAUGAGCUCUUCACGAUACGAUCGAGCAAUUACUGUAUUUUCUCCUGAUGGUCAUUUAUUACAAGUAGAAUAUGCACAAGAAGCUGUUAGGAAAGGAUCAACUGCGGUUGGAGUUCGGGGAAAUGAUGUCGUUGUAUUAGGCGUUGAAAAAAAAUCAGUUGCAAAAUUACAAGAGGAACGUACCGUGCGAAAAAUUUGUCUUUUAGAUGAUCAUGUUGUAAUGGCAUUUGCGGGAUUAACAGCAGAUGCUCGAAUUUUAAUAAAUCGGGCACAAAUUGAAUGCCAGUCUCAUAAACUAACAGUAGAAGAUCCGGUUACAUUAGAAUACAUUACACGUUACAUAGCAGGCUUAAAACAAAAGUAUACUCAGAGUAACGGUCGUAGACCCUUUGGAAUUUCAUGCCUAUUAGGGGGAUUUGAUUACGAUGGUCAACCCCAUUUGUAUCAAACAGAACCAUCAGGUAUAUAUUAUGAAUGGAAAGCAAACGCUACAGGACGAUCUGCGAAAACUGUUCGUGAAUUUUUGGAAAAAUAUUAUACACCCGAAGAAGUAUCAACGGAAAAUGGUGCAGUAAAAUUAGCCAUUAGAGCAUUGUUAGAAGUUGUACAAUCCGGUCAGAAAAAUUUAGAAAUUGCAGUCAUGAGACGAAAUAAACCACUUCAAAUGUUAGAUUGCGAUUCGAUUGAUAAAUAUGUAGCAGAAAUUGAAAAAGAAAAAGAAGAAGAGGCUGAAAAGAAAAAACAGAAAAAAUAA